CGGGCUGCUCUUGGCUUGGCGUUUUUGGCGGCUACUCCUAAAAUCAACUCCAACGGAAUCAUUCUCCGACAUUUGAACUUCUCUCUCCUCCUUCCCCCUUUUUCUUUUCUGAAAUUUUUUUAUCUACUUAAAAUUUAUUUGUUGUCUGUCAUAGUCGAAAGUCUGGCUCUUGUCGAUUAUCUUUAGAAUUCCCGGCGACCCAAUCGAGAUUCGGGCAUACCCAGAUCAGAUCCGAGCCCAGUUUUCCAAGCAAGUCAGGUUGAAGGAAAAUGCGAAGAUUGAAAUGUGAAUCCAAAGACCGGCCUGGAUUUUGAAUCUGAUUUCAUGGGGAUUUGCUUUAGUGUUGAGGAAGAGAAACGGCAUCGUCAUUAUCAUCGUUACCAGAAAGCGUCUUAUCAAAAUCAACAGCAACGAGAACAGAUGCCAGUUCAAUCAGGACUGGGUUCUGCCAUGCUUCCAACUGAAUCACAAAAGCAAGAAUCGGCAGGGACUAAAACUGGAGGCUGCACUCCCUUGGCUCCCAAGAAUGUCAAAGAUCUCCUAGAAAAUCCUGGAUACACAAAUGUUGAUAUCUUUACAUAUGAGGAGAUGAGAUUGGCUACAAAGCAGUUCCGACCAGAUUACAUCCUUGGUGAAGGUGGAUUUGGAGUUGUUUAUAAAGGAGUCAUAGAUGAGAAUGUGAGGCCCGGUUACAAGACCACCCAAGUGGCCAUCAAAGAACUUAAUCGUGAGGGAUUCCAAGGUGACAGGGAAUGGCUGGCUGAAGUAAACUAUUUAGGACAGCUCAGUCACCCAAAUCUUGUGAAGCUCAUUGGUUACUGUUGUGAAGAUGAACAUAGACUGUUGGUCUAUGAAUACAUGGCUAGUGGGAGUCUUGAAAAACAUCUUUUCCGCAGGGUGGGUUGUACAUUGACUUGGUCAAAAAGAAUGAAGAUUGCUUUGGAUGCAGCAAAAGGGCUUGCUUUUCUUCACACUGCUGAAAGAUCAGUUAUAUACCGGGAUCUCAAGACAUCAAACAUCUUGCUGGAUGCGGAUUUUAAUGCCAAGCUUUCGGAUUUUGGGCUUGCAAAGGAUGGACCAAUGGGAGACCAGACCCAUGUGUCAACGCGUGUGAUGGGCACAUAUGGAUAUGCUGCUCCUGAAUAUGUAAUGACUGGGCAUUUAACAGCUCGUAGUGAUGUUUAUGGUUUUGGUGUGCUGCUACUUGAGAUGCUCCUUGGAAAGAGGGCAAUGGACAAGAGUAGACCUAGCCGAGAACAUAACCUGGUUGAGUGGGCCCGUCCGCUCUUGAACCAUAAUAAGAAGCUUCUGAGGAUUUUAGAUCCUAGAAUGGAAGGGCAAUACUCUGCUAAAACUGCAUUUAAAGUAGCUAAUUUGGCAUACCAAUGCCUUAGCCAAAACCCUAAAGGGAGACCACUUAUGAACCAAGUGGUGGAAAUACUUGAGACUGUUCAUUUCGAGGAAGGAAACCAUGAUGAGGCAAUGCUUCGAACUGCAAGCAGUGGCAUGACACUAUAUGAAGCCGCAAGCAGUUCACCAUAUACUGCUAAAAGCACAAGAAGUAACAGAAAUAAAGAAGAGGAAGCGGGAAGGAAGAAACCAGGAAAUGGAAGAAGCAAGAGUGAACCUCCGGAUGGUUGGAAUCCCUGCAGCCUUCCUCCCUCUUCACAAUCUGAUAAAAAAACAGUUUCCACCAAAAGUUAAAACAAUGAACAUGUACCAAAUAUGGAUGGAAGCUGCAAUUGUAUAAGAGAUCUAUCCAUUUUGGUGUUUUUGAAAUGCUAUGGAUUUCUCUCCUUUUCCAGUGAAAUAUGAGGUGUCUAAAGCAAUUCUGAAGCAUUAGCACACUUAUAAUUUUGAACAUCUAUUUCCUUUUUCCCC